AUGAUCCCUGCCAGCCCCAGCCAGGACGUGUUCCUUGCGGGCUGGACAUUUGCGGUUUGUCUCCUGGCCGGUGCCAUUGUUGCCUGUCUCUGGUUCUGUCCCACGGCGGCGCAUUCCGAACACGCACCGUCAUUUCCCGCUUCAGAGGGCUGGACUCGAGCCACGCGAGGAGUCCGCCUCACCCAAGUCAACCCCGACAAGACCGACACGGCCACAGACAUCGACAUCAUCGCCGUCCACGGCCUCGACACGAGGUCGCCAGAUACGUGGACGUGGCGGCGCCCGAAGACCCCCGGGGCGCGUCUAAAGCGGGCCGAAAACACAGAGGACUGCGUCAACUGGCUGCAGGAUCAACGCAUGCUCCCGGCCGCAGUGGGACGGGCCAGGAUCUUCACGUGCGACUGGCCCGCUGACCUGCUUCAGCCGUCGGCCUUGGUCCAGAAGAGAAUCGAUGAGUAUGCUCUGCUGCUGCUCGACGGCAUUCAGAGGCGGCCCCCGGCAACGAAUGACGCAAGAGGAGAAGACAGGCCGCUCUUCUUCGUCGCGUCGUGUCUCGGGGGCAUCGUCCUAGUCAAGGCCCUUGUGGAUGCCGACAACGAGAACAGCACUUACCGCCGUCUCAGAAGAGCAACACGUGGCAUCGUCUUCCUCGCUACGCCGUUCCGCGGGACCUCCUUCCAAGACGUCGCAGCCUGGGCGGAGCCGGGCCUGAAGGCCUGGGCCGGCGUCCGAGGUCGACGACCGAGCAGACUGCUAGACAGCGUGAAGGGAUCGGCCCUCGAUCUCGAGGUCCUGGUGCGACGCUUCACGCAUUUAUGCCGAGACGAAGACUAUCCCUGUGACGUGUUCACCUUCUACGAACUCGGUAUAACGAGUCUGCCGAGCAAGGUAUUCCCCUGGCUACCAGCAAGGCUACGCCGAGAAAAACCGUUGGUCGAUAGUUCCUCGGCGAGUUUAGACAUCGUCCGCGACCCGCUGCCGCUCGACCGACCUCACGUCCUGACAAAUAAAUUCGAACACUCUAAAUGCCCUGACUACGAGAAGGUUGCCGGGAAGAUCAAAGAGAUGCUCCACAGGAUCCGUGAGGGAAGUCCGCUGAAGCAGGCGGACGCCUGGAUACGCGACAAACACUACACUCCGGACAGGCUCGCAAUCGAACGGCUCUCCGGCGAUCUACUGCCGAUAGACCGGUGCUAUAUCAACCUUGCCAUCGUGGAGCAGCACAGGGAAACGACGCACCGCCUGGAGAAAGACUCUGAAGAAGAGGAUGUAGCGCCCAAGUCCUCUCCAUUUUCACUCCAAGCGAGACUGAGGGCGGAGACGCCGGAUAGGACGGCCCAGGUCGAAUUGCCGGCAAUAUUCAACCCGCGCAGACGGGGCAACACCGAGGUGAAUCCCAGACGAAUCCUGAUUCGAGGACGCGCCGGCGUGGGCAAGACGACCUUGUGUAAGAGGAUCGUCCAUGACUUUACACGGCAUGGCGCAUGGGCGUCCUUGUUCGAUCGAGUGCUGUGGGUGCCUCUGCGGAGGCUCAAGAGGCCGUCAGCCACAGGCUACAAACUUAAGAAUCUACUCAGCCAUGAGUAUUUCUGGAACUGGCCAGGCAAUAGCGGUCGUCUCGCCGAUGCACUAGUGCGUGCUAUUCAAGACGGUAGGACACUGUUUAUUCUCGACGGCCUAGAUGAGGCGUCCGAUCUCCUAGAUCCGGAUCAUAGGAUGUCCGACUUCCUCAAAUGGCUCCUGGAUCAGCGCAACGUCGUUAUCACGUCCCGUCCGUACACUAAACUCCCUACCACCAUCACCGUCGAUCUCGAACUGGAAACGACCGGGUUCUACCCGAAUCAAGUGAACGAGUAUCUCCGAUAUACUUUUCCCGAUUCGCAAAAGACUAGCAAGAUUCGGUCCUUCCUUCAAGAUCACCAGCUCAUGCAAGGUCUCGUUCGCAUCCCGGUCCAGCUGGACGCGCUCUGCUUCACCUGGAACGAGGGCUUUGAUUCCGCCACGAACCUUGAUACUAUGACCGCCGUUUACCGAGCAAUCGAGCUAAGGUUGUGGAAGAAGGAUGUUCCGCAACUGGAAAAGGAAAACAACGCAAAGUCGGUUACCCGCCUGGACAUCGAAUCGGCCAGCCGGUUCAAAAUGGAGGCACUCGCUGAACACGAGAUCUCGUUUCUAGAGGGCCUUUCCUUUACUGGGCUGCAUAACGAUGUGGUUGAGUUUGACCGUGGGUUUCUUAGUGAAGCCUUCGAUCGCUUCGCACCAUGUCUCCUACCAGACACGACCUUGCCACGCCUCUCCUUCCUGCGGACCUCAGAUCCAUCAUCAGAGAUCGGCAAUCAAAGCUGCCACUUCCUGCACCUUAGCUACCAAGAAUAUUUUGCCGCACGUUAUUUUGUACGCCAGUGGAAGGCAAGCCCGCCCAAAAACUUGGUGCUCGCCAGUCAGAACACUCAAGACGCGGGUCCUAUGCCUGUCGAAUAUCUCCGGAAGCAUAAGUACACAGCCCGGUAUGACAUCCUGUGGCGCUUCGUAACCGGUUUGCUUGACGCUGAGGGGAAGGCGAAGGAGUUCUUCGACAAAGAGCUGAUAAGGAGCAUCUUGACCAUCCUGGGUCGGCAUUCAAUCCUAUCCGACGAAGUACUCACGCAGGUGGCGGCGCGGCUCGACGAUAGCGACUGGCACGUCCGAGGGGCGGCCGUCGAGGCGCUCGCGGCCCGGGACCAGCUGUCCGACGAGGUGCUCACGCAGGUGGCGGCGCGGCUCGACGAUAGCAACGUGUACGUCCGAGGGGCGGCCGUCGAGGCGCUCGCGGCCCGGGGCCAGCUGUCCGACGAGGUGCUCACGCAGGUGGCGGCGCGGCUCGACGAUAGCGAGUGGCUCGUCCAACAGGCAACUGUUAAGGCGUUCCGCGGUCGAUAG